AAAGCCCUGCAUCUGGUGCACCUCGUAGAAGAAAGGCUGCGAUCUUCUGUGUCCUUAUGACCAUUACUGCCCCGCCAGCUCCUGCGCAACAGAGAACUCCAGCUGGUGGAUGAUUGUCAUUAUGUAUUUGAAGUCCGCAACAGACUGCACCGCAGUUCCUGCACUGAGAUAUACUACCAGUGCCAUCUGCAGUCCACAAA